GCUCUCUAAGAAGCUCCCAUAUUCCUAGUAUCGUUUGUUUACGAAAGGGAUGCCCUCUAUCCCUCCAAGAUGGACAUCAAGAGUAGGAUACUGCUGCAGAGGCACCAGCAGGACAUCAUUGAAGACCUCGACGUCACUUACAUACUAGACGAACUCUUCACCAAAAACGCUAUCUCGACUGCAGAUUUCGACCACAUUUACACCUUGCCGGGUCGCAUAGAAAAAGUCCGUUAUCUAAUUGAUGUAAUCCUUCAAAAUGGUACCAAUGAAGUUUACGAAGCGUUUGUAGACAGUCUGUCUAAGGAUUACAGGUGGUUAUGGGAGAAACUGGCUGUAGAAAACAACGAACCGAUGUUGCAUGAUAGCUUUGAAGACAGUCUCAGCAGAGGCGACGUGCCGCGACUACCGGAUCAUUAUGUUAGGAGAAUGGCUGUGGAAGAAAAAGUAGCAGAAAAACUGAACCUCCUAACAAGACAUAACUUCCUUGUGCUCCACGGCAUGUCAGGUUCUGGAAAGACAUCUAUUGUGACCAGUGUACUACGGGCCAACCCAAAUCUCAUCACUACUAACUUCAAUGGCGUUGUCUUCUGGGUGAAUUUAGGAAAUACUAAGACUGAGGACGAUAUCAUUGCUCAACAAAACAAGCUAUAUCGCAGAACUUCGUCAAUAUACUCACAUAACUCCUACAUGAACUCCUCAAUAUCUAUGUCCAGUAUGGGCUCAAACGCUGACUGCCAUUCCCUAUCCAGCUAUGAUUGGACUUGGAUUGAACUUAGAGAUAAACUGAAAACUCAGUUCGCCGACCAAGCUAUAAAGGAAUCUCUGUUGAUACUGGAUGAAGUCAAUGACAAGAAAUGCGUAGAGGCCUUUGAUAUCGGUUGCAAGAUAUUGAUUACUACGAGAGACACAGAGGUUGUGGCGAAUUUUCGUCCGCAGAUCAUAAAAAUCGAAAACAAUUUCACCGAAAAAGAAACACUGGAACUUUUUGCAUCAUGCCUCGAUGUAAACGUGAAUCAACUACCGAGACAGGCCAAGAAACUUCACGAAAUAUGCAAAGGCAGCCCGUUCCAUAUAGCUCUCAUAGGAGCCCAGCUAGCGGAGAAUAAGGAGAGAUUGAAUCAUGACCCUAGGGCUUGGAAGUACUAUUUAAAUACGUUAGAAAGGAAAGAAUUCUUUUUCUCAACGCGAAACAAUUACAACCCAAUGAAAACAAUAGAGAUGUGUAUAAACUCGUUGAAGCCAAACAUACUGCCAUUAUUUAAAAUGCUAACUAUACUGCCGGACAAUGCCAAAGUAUCCGCCACGGUGCUUGCUAAACUAUGGAAUAAAGAUGUCAAUGAAGUAGAAUCCAUAAUGAAGCAAUUACGUAGCAAGUCUUUGAUAAUAGAAUUCUACGAUCCCGAACAAAGAAAUUACAUAUACGAAAUACAUGAUCUGAUAAUGAACUAUUUGAGAACAUGUUCCAACGAAGAGGAAGUAAAAAGGUUACACGCGGAAUUCCUAAAAAGUUACAACUACGAUGACAAUACGCCGGUUGAAAUUGUCGAUGAUGGAUACAUAGCAUUUUACAUUGGAUAUCACAUAUUGAACACGAAGAACUAUAACAAUAUGUGGAAGUUGUUCAAUAAGUUGUUCAUGGAUUUGAAGUUUUUGGGGAACAAAGUGAGGUUAACUGGUCAAGCUGAUCUGAUAUUGGAUUUGGGGAAAUACGAGAACUACAUUGCUGAUAACGAGUUUGACAAAGAACUCCUAUACAGCAUAAAGAGUUACCUUAUCACGCAUGGAAUAGAUCUCUACCGAUAUCCAUGCACGGACAUAGUGCAGAGCAUACUCCAACAUGAGAACAAAGGCAGACUAUUCACAAAAGCACUUCAGGUGGCCCAUGAAAAUUGUGCUGCUCACGAACUUUACUUCGAAUUUUUACAUGAACAAAAUGUAGAAGAAAUCAAGCCAUCUAAUAUCGACGUGAAAGAAAAUAUUACAUCAGUUUGCUUCCUAGGUGAUUAUGCUCUCGUCGGAACCUUGAAGGGAGCUAUCAAAUUUUUUCACAUAUCCACGAACAAACUUAAAAAGGAGCUGCCGGGCACUGACUCGGCUAUAAAAUGGAUCGGUGCGUGUCCCAAAAACCCGCCAUUCGUGGCCGCGUUGUCGUACGACGGCGUUAUCCGCGUGUGGUACAUCGAUGACGUCGAACAAGAUGACCAUGAAAUUAUUGAAGAAGAAUCAGAGGAAUCGUACAACAACAACUACCCGGGCACGAUAACAAUCCCAGCCAAGCGAGGACUCUUCAUGAACUGCAGAUGGGCCAACAAUGAUGAAAUUCUUAUCGCACAUACAACAAAACUCAUCAUUUUGUACAACCAAACUGGGGAAGUGUUAAACGUCAUUGAUUGGGACAAGGAGAUACUAUGUUGUGUGCCAUGUAAUAAUGACAAACACGCGAUCAUAGCGACCAACAGUCAUCAAGUUGAAGUUAUCGAUCUUAUCACAAAGGAGCGAAUCAUGUCUUUUGCUGAGAGUGGUGUUAUCGUUGAUAUUUUGACUGUACCUGGAAGCAACAGAAUAAUAACGCUGAAGCAAAACGAAGUGCAAGAACACGAAUUCAAACGGAACUUGCAAAGCAAUUGCAACAUUUGCCGCUGUAAGAAAGUUAUAUCAAGUGACGACGUGAAGGAGAAUUUAUUGUUUUUGUCGAUUGCUGUCAACAAGUCUGGCACCCUCUUGUUUGUUUCUACAGACGAUAGUAGAGUUAUUUGUGUAGAUUUGAAAACCAACUCAAGAGUGUUUGAUCUUGAAAAUCGAAGGGGUAACGUAGUUUCCAUGGCGAUGAGUGAGGUAUUGGACUUCAUGGCGGGUGCGGACGUACUGCUGACGGGCACGGGCACAAUCGAAAAUACAGCCAAAGUAUGGUACUUGGAUGCUUCGUACGUCUCACAGAACACUAAAAAUGGCAAAGUACGCCUCACAACAAAAUUCGACGUAAGUUUCGUGCAUACACUCACACCGCAAACACCUUCAAAUACGCCAACCAAUGGCACCCAAAGCACCUCGACUACACCAAAGAGACACCAGUCCUUCGUGAACCACAAAGAUGUAGAGAAAAAGGUUGCGAAGAAAACUAUGAGCCUCGAUAGGCAUUCGUUAAAACCACUUGUGUUAAAAGGUAUUUGCAACGGAAACGGUGAAGAGGGCAAUCACCCUUUGCUGGUUGUGGUCGACGACAAAAACAAUAUACAGAUAAUGCGCGGAAGAAAAGUCCUUACAGAAAUACCAGCGAAGGUGGACGAACAAAUCACUAUAGUAAAAAUAUCCCCAUGCAACCAAUACAUUGUGUACGGUUUGAAAUCCGGCAACGUCAUCAAAUACACGUUACGAACAAAAGAAAGCAAGGCUAUAAUAGACGUUAAUAGCGCCGUACAGUACUUACGAUUUGUUAAUUCGAGUUUGCUAAUGGUGGCUGGCAAGAAUAGGUGCCUUAUGGCGUACAGGUUGACCAGUGAUGGUGAUUGGGAACCUGAGAUGUUGCAAAGAGGGAAUUCGCAUUUGGGGUCCCAGGAGAUAUUGAAUGAUAUACAAGGCAAAAGAAAGAUCAGCCCAUCUGAACACCUGUCAAACUCGGGGAGUGACAGUAGCAUUGCUUCCAAGGAUCGUUUCUUCCCCAACGGUGACACGAGAAGUUUAUCCACAAGCAGUGGCCUUGUUGAAUGUUUUUGGAUACACGGCAGAGGCCUAUUAACAAUAGAACACAACGCAACAAUAAAGCUAUGGAGUCAAGACUUAAAACUUGUAUCAGUGCUCUACGGCCGCCAAAUAGACGUGAGAAUUAACUGCGCGGCGUUCCAAAAGAACAUUUUAGUGAUAUGUGACGACAAUAAGAAGUUCCUAACAUUCGCAUUAGAGGGAGAUGGUAUGAAUUUGCAAUUGAUCCAGGAGUACAAGUUGAAUAGCAGGAUUGUGUCUUGUGACUUGACUUCUGACGGCUACAUUUUGGCUAUGGGAUUGGACACGGGUGAAGUAGUAGUAUGGUACGUAAAAGGCAAACGCCAGCUUCGGUUACUAAAGCAGCACAAAACAAAAGUACAGUCAUGCUCAUUUUCUCCCGUCCCCGAUCGCCUAUUCCGUAGCUCAGCAUUACACUCUCCAUCACCACAAAACAACCAGCUACCUUCUUAUGCUGAAGGGGAUGAUGAACAACCUCCUUUGGUGCUCGUUACAAUGGCGUCGGAGAUCGUUUGGUGGAAUGUGACUUAUUUGAUUAACAUGAGAGCUAACAAGGCUUAUUGGAGAACCGGUUGGAACGUAGUGACUCCUGUCGCAAGCCCAAUGGAAAGCAGGACUGAACUGACAGUUCCAAUGGAGAAACUGAUCCUAGGUCCACCGAGCGACUUCUUCUUUGCCAACGGUACUGUCAACGCGCAGGAUUGCUGGAAAGCUAUCUGGAAGAAGAAGACGUACAAAGAAGGCUCGAAGCGGAAAGAGAUCCUCGCAUGCAUCAAGCUCUCAGGAAUGAACGCUAAAAAACUCAUUCACGACGACAAAUUCUCCUGCUUUGUCACCGUUGACAACCCUGGUCAUAUACACAUUAUGAACGUCAUGAGGUCUUCUAAUUUAUAAUAAAUUAGCAACACUGAAAACCACAUUUGACGUUCGACUACACCAAAUAUAGUUCCACUAAAGCAUGAAAAUACAUAACUUUAUAAUAAUAACACGGUAAGUAACGAAUAAUAUGGAAAUAGCUAUAUUAAAUGUGAAUAUGGAUGUCGUUAUUAAACCACAUUGUACGACCAUUAAGUAUAUUACGAGACGCAUGAACUUCUUACGGCAUUUAGUUUGGUCUUGUCUUAAAAAUUUUAAUUUUGUGCACACAUGGGCUCAAUCAAAUGUGGCGGCAGCUUUUAUUUUUGUCUUACGCAAUGGCGUAGGGCAGCUUGAAUGUGAUUUAAUAGAAAUUGUUAAAAUAUAAUAAAGUAUAUAAGUUUCAGUACAAUUGGUUGUCUAAGAAGCAAUAAAGGUUGUUGAUUGUGUGUUUGUAAGAGAUUUUACGUAAUUCGGAUCUUACGUGUCUGAAGUUUUC